AUGGCUUCUUCUUUUUUUCCCAUAAAUCAGAGAUUUUGGAGAGAGAGAUAUGUCGUCGCAAAGAAAGAUCGAGGGAAAAGUGAUUAUAUCAAGCCUGUAUACUUGGCGACGACCAAAAGUUUUGCUUCAACUCAUCAGCUCCGUUAAUGGUGACCCAUCAAAGGAAUUUGAAGGGAAAGUGGGAAUGGAAGCUUACUUGGACAGCAAAAAAUCUGAAAUUGAAGGGGAAAAUACUGUGUUCAAAGUAAGUUUUGAUUGGGAUGAAGAAAUAGGAAUUCCAGGAGCUUUCUACGUAACAAACAACCAUAAGACCACUUCUUUCUUCCUCAACUCUUUUACACUUAUGCAUGUUCCUGCCGUCGGAAACAUCCACUUUGAUUGUAACUCUUGGAUUUACCCUUAUCACCUCACCGUGGAUCGUCGCAUUUUCUUUGCCAAUAAGGCAUAUCUUCCCCAUGAAACACCAAAGCCACUUCAAAAGUACAGAGAUAACGAACUCAUGAAAUUGAGAGGAGAUGGACAAGGAGAGCGUAAAAUAUGGGAUAGAAUAUACGAUUAUGACGUCUACAACGAUGUUAGCAACCUAAAAUCCAAUUCUACAAUUCGUCCCAUUCUUGGAGGGAUCCAAUAUCCUUAUCCUCGAAGAGGAAGAACCGGACGACCACUUAUUUUUGAAGGUGAUCAGAGAUAUGAGAGCAGAUGCUCAAACAUUUAUGUUCCUAGCGAUGAAAGAUUUGGUGACUUGAAGCAGUACCAGUUCACUAAACAUCAACUUAAAUCAAUGGCUCAAUCUGUUAGGAAAGGGCUUCAAGUUUUUCUUGGCAGACAUCCAACACAAUUCGAUUCCUUCCAAGAUGUAUUUACACUCUAUGAGAGACAUCGUCCCUUCCCACGCCUCAAAUUGCCCCAAGUGAUCCAAACGAAUCAAUUUGCUUGGAAGACUGAUGAAGAGUUUGCCCGAGAAAUGUUGGCUGGAGCGAAUCCAACAAUCCUUUGUCGUCUUCAAGAAUUCCCACCAUCAAGCAAGCUUGACCCCAAUGUUUAUGGCGAUCAAAAUAGCAAGAUAAGUAAAGAACACAUAAUUAAUAGUUUGAAUGGACUUACGGUGGAUGAGGCAAUCAAGCAAAACAAGCUCUACAUAUUGGAUCACCAUGACUCACUAAUUCCAUUUCUUAGAAAAAUAAACACUACUCCCACGAAGACUUAUGCUACAAGAACACUUCUGUUUCUAAAAGAUGAUGGGACUUUGAAGCCUUUGGCGAUUGAAUUGAGCUUGCCUCACCCUCAAGGAGACGAAUAUGGCACCAUCAGUAGAGUAUUGUUGCCGGCUCAACAAGGAGUCCAUGAAUCACUUUGGCAAUUAGCUAAGGCUUAUGUGCGUGUCAACGAUUCUGGCCAUCACCAACUCGUCAGCCAUUGGUUGAACACUCACGCAGUAAUUGAGCCAUUUGUGAUUGCAACAAAUAGACAACUAAGCGUUGUUCAUCCAAUACACAAGUUGCUUAUUCCUCAUUUUCGGUACACCAUGAACAUUAAUGCUCUUGCCAGGGGAAUCCUCAUCAAUGCUAAUGGCAUUGUCGAGAAAACUCAAUAUCCAUCAAAGUAUUCUAUGGAGAUGUCUUCUUUUGCUUACCAAAAUUGGGUCUUCCCUCAACAAGCUCUCCCUGCUGAUCUAAUUAUGAGAGGAGUUGCAAUUGAGGACUCAAGCUCCCCACAUGGACUCCGACUACUAAUAGAGGAUUAUCCAUACGCUGUUGAUGGACUUGAGAUUUGGACAGCAAUCAAAACAUGGGUAACAGAUUACUGUUCUUUCUACUACGAACACGAUAAAGCGAUCCAAAACGACACUGAGCUCGAAUCAUGGUGGAAGGAGGUUCGAGAAAAAGGACAUGAAGAUAAGAAAAACGAACCAUGGUGGCCAAAGAUGGCGAGUCUUGAAGAGCUCAUAAACAGUUGCACCAUCAUCAUAUGGAUUUCUUCCGCUCUUCAUGCUGCAGUCAACUUUGGACAAUAUCCAUACGGUGGUUUUUUUCCCAAUCGACCAACAACCAGCAAAAGAUUCCUACCUGAAGAGGGCACGUACGAUUAUCGAGAGCUCGAGUCGAGUUUCGAAACCGCUUUCUUGAAAACAUUCACUUCACAGCUACAAAAAGAUGAUAUUUUGGGGAUCUCAACGAUUGAACUUCUAUCUACACAUUCUCCUGAUGAGAUAUAUUUAGGGCAAAGAAGCAAUCCUGAGUGGACUUUUGAUAAGCAGCCUUUGGCAGCGUUUGACAGAUUUGGGAGAAAACUAGCUGAAAUUGAACAAAUUAUUGCCAAGAGAAACCAAGAUCCCAUGUUGAGAAAUAGAGUUGGAGCUGUUAACAUACCCUAUACUCUACUAUUUCCCACCAGCCAAGAAGGCCUUACAUGUAGAGGAAUUCCCAAUAGCAUUUCCAUUUGAAUAUACCUUGUGAUGAUUGUAUUUCCAAUAUGUAAUAUAUUUGAAUGACUUCUCGUUAGUUA